UAUGCACCAAAACCCCAAAGUUGAAGCUUAGACAUUGCAUAGAGAUUUAAAGGAAACAAAAAAUUAAGAUGGAGAUGAUGAAAAUGGUCAUGUGGGGAUUAGUUUUGGUAAUGGUGAUGGGCAAUGCAAUUAAGAGUGUGCAUGGAAUCACAUGCUCAGAAGUAAACCAACCAUUGCAGCCAUGCCUUGGAUUCUUGACUGGUUCCGAAUCAUCUCCUUCGAAUUCUUGCUGUUCGGGGGUAGCGGAAUUAAACAACGAGGCUACCACCACGGAGAUUCGGCGCCAAAUCUGUGGCUGUUUCAAGCAGUCUGCACCAGCUUUUGGUGUUGAUCCCAAUAGAGCUAAGCAGCUUCCUGGUUCAUGCCGUGUUCAAUCUGCUGUUCCUAUUGACCCUACUGCCGAUUGCACUAGGGUUGCUUGAUGAUUCUACAUUUUUGCUUCAAAAUAAAUUGAAGUGGGAAGCACUAUUUAUUUUAUAUUAAACUGAAUUAUGAUUGAAAAUAGGGUGUGAGUUUUCUUUAUUAAUUUAUCUAUUUAUCGAGUUUGUGCAAGGAGUUCUUUUUUUCCUUUUCUUUGAACUGUAAUGUCCGACAAUGAAAUUUCAUGUGUGUUUUAAUCAGCAUUAAUUUUAAUGAUUCUUUCAUGUCCA